AUGUCAAAAUCCAGCUACAAAAAUUCGUUACUCCAAAUUACUUUACCGACGUUAACCUCUUUUAAUGAGCACCACCGAGAAUUAAUCAAAUUGGCAGUUAAUCAUUCAUCGAUUUCUUUAAUUAUUCAUGUUUCUUGUCAAGAAAUUGAAUUUUACAAGAAUUAUCCAACAGAAUGUUGGACUGAGAUUAGUGAUCUAUUAAACUUUUUAUAUAUAUCGGGAACAAAAGUUUCUUAUGAAAAUUCUAAACAUUUUCUUGAAAUUGAUGUUAUUUUUGAGAAAUGGAAUGGUUACAAUAUUGAAUUAGUUAAGGAAACGAAUUUUGAUGUGUUUUUUGGAAGCAAAGCAGAACAAUCUCGAUUGCAAGAGUUCAAUAGUAAUCGCAAAAAAGCUUCGUUACCUGAAAUACACAUUGAUAUAUUUGAUACUAAGACGCCAUCACCAAACAACCAAGAUUUUAAACAUAACUUUAAUGAAAAUCCAAAAAUAUUUCAAACUGUUGCCGUUGGAGGAACUUUUGAUCAUUUGCACGCUGGACACAAAAUUUUAUUAACCUUGACUGCAUGGAUUACUAAUAAAAGGCUAAUUUGCGGUGUCACCGAUGACUGUAUGCUUAAAAGCAAAAAGUUCAAGGAAUAUAUGGAACCAAUCGAUACCCGAAUAGCAAAAGUCACUAAAUUUUUAAACACAAUCCGCCAAGGUUUGUCAUAUGAGGUUGUGCCAAUAUAUGAUGUUUAUGGCCCAACUGUAACAGACCCAGAUAUUCAUGCACUCGUUGUAUCUAGAGAAACUAUUUCAGGAUCUGAACUCAUAAAUGAAGAACGGCAAAAACGGAGUUUUGGAAUCUUAGAAAUUUUUGUUAUUGAGGUGAUAUCUUCAACAAAUCCAUCUCUUAAAGAAGCAGAACUUAAAGAACUUAAAUUAAGUUCUACAUACCUACGUGAAUUGUGCAAAAAUUCCGAAACAAAAUAA